ACUCUACCUGCUUGUAAGUCGUAACAACAGGAGCAGUUACCAAACACUCCCUAUUCCGAUCUCUCUCGGAAGAAAGAAAAAAGAAGAAGAUGGCAGAUGAGGGCACAGCCAACUGCAUAGAUAUCCUCCUGGCCAUAUUAUUGCCUCCCCUUGGUGUCUUCCUCAAGUUUGGUUGCAAGGUUGAAUUCUGGAUUUGUCUUGUGCUGACAUUAUUCGGAUACAUCCCUGGAAUCAUCUAUGCCAUCUAUGCCAUCACUAAGUGAAGAAGUCAUCUUCGUUACUUUAAUUAAUUAUGUUUGUGGGAGAAGUAUUGAUUUGGUGUAGUCAAAUGCAGUGUGUGUGUGUGUGUGUUGGGGUCCCCUGUGGUACUUAUUUUCGUUUCUAUUUAUUAUUGUGUUGUUAUCUAUCGGCUUUGCUGUAAAUUAAGUUAAGACAAAUUGGAGUGGGUGAUAUGUCAAUUGCCAUCUUCCUUUCCUUUUGGACUUAGCAAGCAUAUUUGUUGAAUUCAAUUAAUAUUCUAGGCUUGGACCAACCAUGAUUCCAGU